AUGACCGCCGGCCGCCAGCGAAUCAAAGCUAUUCGUACUUGCUGUAUCACUUUUGGGAGGUGCACGUGCACAAGCAGUAGAGUAGCAGCUAUACGUCGGGUUCCACAGCAUUGGGAGUAUACCAAGUCAAGAGUUCCAGGUUCUAUUCACGGGAAUUGUUACGCUCCGCAAACGGGCUUGGACGAGGAGGUUAAAAGGAGUUUCUGGGAGGCGCUGGAUGAGGUGGUGCGGGGUAUUCCGCCUAUGGAGAAGUUGUUCAUAGGAGGGUAUUUCAAUGGUCAUAUUGGAUCGUCUGCUGGUGACUAUGGCGAGGUGCACGGUGGCUUCGACUUUGGUGAUAGGAACGGGGGUGGUACCUCACUGUUGGAUUUCACUAGAGCUUUUGAGUUAGUGAUCGUGAACUCGAUGUUCCCGAAGAGGGAGGAACAUUUGGUUACUUUUCGGAGUAUGGUGGCUAAGACUCAGAUUGACUAUCUCCUCCUCAUGAGGUGUGAUAGGGGGUUGUGCAAGGAUUUCAAGGUGAUCCCGAGUGAGAACCUCGGAACUCAACAUAGGCUCCUGGUGUUGGCCGGUAUCUUGAUGAAGAGGAAGAAGAGGUUUGUACGGGGUCAGUCGAGGAUCAGGUGGGGGAGCUUUGUCUAA